AUGCACUGCCAGAAGAGUGUUCACUCGGCAUACGAAUACGCUGGGAGCCAGGACCCGACCAGGAUGAGUCCUGAAGUUUUGGGGAAGGCGGAAGUGCAACAGCUGCUGAACGAGCUGUUCAACUUCGCAGACGACAGCUUUGUCCGGAGUGGUGAUCGGAUGCAGGCCUUCAAGCUUGGACGACCAGCUCCUAAGAUUGGAGACAUUGACCGGUGCGCAGUGUACAUAUCACUGGCACCCGGCAUGGAGAAUCCCACGGGAAUGGACCCGCCAGAGGACGACGCUGGUGAGUGUCCCCGAUACACCAGCAGCGAAGAGGAGCAGAACCGCCCCGCCCUGACCAUCGAAGACAGAGUGGCGGGAAAAAGGCCGCUGGUGGCGGAUCCAUCUCCUGCGGAGACGCUGCCGGCGGAGAGCAGCAAGGCGCCAAAGCGCCGUCGGCUCUUCCGGAUCACCGAUGACGGCGACGAGGAGGAGGAGGUCGCGCCUUCUUUGGUCCGGAGGCCGCGCAGUCCUCCGGACGUUGCGCCGACCACCACUGGUCGGGUGACCAGCGACCCGCCUGCACCGCACGUCGAGCCGACUGUGGCAUCGGACGUCGACCCUAGCCACAUUGCUAGCCAGAGGGCAGCCGAGCCUGUUGCUGCCGUUGGGGACGACGCACCGCAGACCACAGAGCAGCCCGCAGCGGCAACCGUGGCUGAGAGCGCCGAGGAGCAUCCGGCCCCGGCAAAGGCCUCGGCGAGCACCCCGACGAGGAACGAGGAGGCUACUAGGACGCCUCCCCCGAGUAACGCUGUGGAGGAGGAAAGUAGAACCCCGACUCCUCCACCAGCCGAAUUAAGGGGAGUCCAGAUCUCACCCCGAACAGGGGCCUCUUCGCCCAUAGGCUCCCCUGGCCUGGACCAGGGUCCAAUGAUGCCUGCGACCAUGGCCGGUGGCAGUGCGGCGAACGAGGAGACCCAGACGGCCUCCGACGAUGACGUGGAGGAGAUCCAAGGGCACAAUGAAAAUGGCAAAGUACCAGAAAAGGUGCUUCGACCAGAUUGA